AUGUCCACGGGAACCGGGGACGCGUGCUACCUCGCGCGCGACCUCGGCAACGGGUCGUACGGCGGCGACGUGCACUGCCUGCAGCGAUUCUUCGCGAGGAAAGGGUACCUUCAGGAGGAGGCGACGGGGUACUACGGCGAGAGGACGGCGACGGCGGCGAGCAGGUGGAAGGUGAGAGACGAGACGACGCGCGCCGCGCGCGCGCGGACGCGCUCGAGCGCUCGAGCGUUCGCCCGCUCGCCGCUCGACGCGAACGAUCGGACGGAUCUCUUCGAGCGCGCGACGACUGAUGUUAGUUACUGA